AUGUAUAAGGAUCAGUUCGACAGCUUAGACAAACACACACAAUGGGGCAUUGACUUCUUGGAAAGAUAUGCCAAGUUUGUUAAAGAGAGGAUAGAAAUUGAACAGAAUUAUGCAAAACAAUUGAGAAAUCUGGUUAAGAAGUACUGUCCCAAACGUUCAUCCAAAGAUGAAGAGCCAAGGUUUACCUCGUGUAUCGCCUUUUUUAACAUCCUUAAUGAGUUAAAUGACUAUGCAGGACAACGAGAGGUAGUAGCAGAAGAAAUGGCGCACAGAGUGUAUGGGGAAUUAAUGAGAUACGCCCAUGACCUGAAAACUGAAAGGAAAAUGCAUCUCCAAGAAGGACGAAAAGCUCAACAAUACCUUGAUAUGUGCUGGAAACAGAUGGAUAAUAGUAAAAAGAAGUUUGAAAGAGAAUGUAGAGAGGCAGAAAAGGCACAGCAGAGUUACGAAAGAUUGGAUAAUGAUACUAAUGCAACCAAGGCAGAUGUUGAAAAGGCCAAACAGCAGUUGAACCUGCGUACACAUAUGGCUGAUGAGAAUAAAAAUGAAUAUGCUGCACAGUUACAAAACUUUAAUGGAGAGCAACACAAACAUUUCUAUGUGGUAAUUCCUCAGAUUUACAAGCAACUACAAGAAAUGGACGAACGAAGAACUAUUAAAUUAAGUGAAUGUUACAGAGGAUUUGCAGAUUCAGAACGUAAAGUUAUUCCUAUUAUUUCAAAGUGUUUGGAAGGAAUGAUCCUCGCAGCAAAAUCUGUGGAUGAAAGAAGAGAUUCUCAAAUGGUGGUAGACUCCUUCAAGUCUGGUUUUGAACCUCCUGGGGACUUCCCAUUUGAAGAUUACAGUCAACAUAUUUACAGAACCAUUUCUGAUGGGACCAUCAGCACAUCCAAACAGGAGAGUGGGAAGAUGGAUGCCAAAACCACAGUAGGAAAGGCCAAGGGCAAAUUAUGGCUCUUUGGAAAGAAGCCAAAGGGUCCAGCACUAGAAGAUUUCAGUCAUCUUCCACCAGAACAGAGGCGUAAAAAGUUACAGCAGCGCAUUGAUGAACUGAACAGAGAACUACAGAAAGAAUCAGACCAAAAAGAUGCGCUCAAUAAAAUGAAAGAUGUGUAUGAGAAAAACCCACAGAUGGGGGAUCCAGGGAGUCUGCAGCCUAAGUUAGCUGAGACCAUGAAUAACAUUGAUCGCCUACGGAUGGAAAUCCAUAAGAAUGAGGCUUGGCUUUCUGAAGUUGAAGGCAAAACAGGUGGAAGAGGAGACAGAAGACAUAGCAGUGACAUAAAUCAUCUUGUAACACAAGGACGAGAAAGUCCUGAGGGAAGUUACACUGAUGAUGGAAACCAAGAAGUCCGUGGGCCACCUCAACAGCAUGGUCACCACAACGAGUUUGAUGAUGAAUUUGAGGAUGAUGAUCCCUUGCCUGCUAUCGGUCAUUGCAAAGCGAUCUACCCUUUUGAUGGUACAUUCUUAAUGUAUUCUGUUUGA